UGGGAAUACGUUAUUCUUGGAGCCCUACUGGAUGCAACAUGCAGCUAAAGGUGCAGUAGUAGUGGCAGGGUGGCACAGAAUGAGCUAUGCAUUCAAUGGCCAUAUCAUCUCAGAAGAGCUUGAAAAACACAUCAGAAAACUACAUGAGAGAGUUGGGAAUGCAGUGACAGAAGGGAGAUUCAUAGUGUUUGGUGCUGGAUCUACCCAACUCCUUAAUGUAGCAGUUCAUGCCCUUUCCAACUCUUCUUCUCCUGCUGGAGUCGUAGCUACCAUCCCUUUCUACCCGCCCUAUAGGUCACAGACUAACUUUUUCCGAUCAAUGGACUAUAAGUUUGUUGGAGAUACAUCGAUGUGGAAGAACACUUCAGAUGUGAAUAUGAAUAUGAUUGAGUUUGUGACUUCACCAAACAACCCUGAUGGUCAGUUGAAGAAGGCAGUGCUGAGAGGGUCCUCAGUGAAAACAAUUCAUGAUUAUGCUUAUUAUUGGCCCCAUUUUACAGCAAUUCCAGCACCAGCUGAUGAAGAUCUCAUGUUGUUUACUCUUUCUAAGCUUACUGGCCAUGCUGGCUCCAGAUUUGGGUGGGCAUUGAUAAAGGAUGAGGAAGUUUAUGAGAGAAUGUUAAAGUAUACUGAUCAAAUUAGCUUUGGGGUUUCUCAUGACACCCAGUUAAUAGCAUUGCAGCAACUCAAAGCAAUUUUCCAAGGGAAUAAUGGUAGUGAUAUUUUUGAGUUUGGAUUCACAACAAUGAGGAAGCGCUGGGAAAUUCUGAGCAAGGCAUUAUCAGAAUCGAAUCGCUUCUCUAUCCAAAAAAUUGAACCCCAAUUUUGCACUUUUUAUCAACAACUCAGAGGACCUUCUCCAGCUUAUGCAUGGUUGAAAUGUGAAAGGGAUGAAGAAGAAGAUUGCUAUGAAGUGCUGAGAGAGAAUGGUAUAAUCAGCCGGAGAGGAAGUGUAUAUGGUGCAGAAAGGCGGUAUGUGCGUCUCAGCCUCAUCAAGACCCAGGAUGACUUUGAUUUAUUAAUGCUCCGAUUCAACUCAUUACUCUCUCAAGAAAAUUAUUAUGGGAUUGAAACUAUUAUGUGAAAAUAAUUAAUAUAUAAUCAACUUUCUGUUGAUUGUAAUCUCAUCACUAGGUUACAAUUCAUGCAUUUUGUAUCUAUUUCAUUUAUUGCCACUACAAGUUUUACUGUCAAUUGUUUGUAAUUGAUAAUAUAAGAACUUUAUGUCGUUUCUAAAGUGUAUGAUUCUAUUC